AUGCAGUCCAGGGUCAGGCUACAGACCAUUCCGGCAGGCAAAUCUGGGUAUCCCAAGCACGUCUGGUCACCUGCCGGUGGCUGGUACGCACAACCCUCGAACUGGCGAAAGAACACCGCGAUUUUCGGCGCUGUCGUGGUGGGAAUCACUGCCCUCGUGUGGAACCUGAGUGCCGAGCGCGAGUUCAGACACAAGAUGCCCGAGCCAGGCCGGUUCUUCCCAAGUCGAAACUGGACGAGGCAAAUAAGAGAGCACGAGAAGGCGCAGAAAGAGGCAUCGGGAAGCAGCUCGUCAUAG